AUGGACACCACUUCACAGCGAGGUGCCAGUACUUCUGUCGGCACGUCGCAGGAAGAGCGGGACCGCAAUGUCUUGCGUCUCGCUCCUGAGAAUAAGGCAUGGAUGCCUCCCAAAUCAGUCAUGGAUCACUUGCCGGCGACGAUGAGUGAUCGUUAUCGAACACGAUUGUUCGAUUCGUCAAGGAUUCAUCACCUUGACCCCAGCGCGAAAGACUAUCGCGCUGAACAUGAGUUCUUCAUCGAUGCUUUCUUCAGACAUCGAUGGUACAGUGGGAAUCACAAACGUGAUGGUCCCUCACUACUUCAGGCGUGGAACGCCUACAUCCAUAAUCUCGAGGAUGUAGGUCGUGACGCUUGGAACGACAAACUUAUCAAAGCUCGUGAUAAGUUUGAAAAGCGAACCCCGACAGGUGCACGCUACAAGCUGCAUCGUCUGUCAAGGGAGAAAGGAUUACCCUGCCUCUCUUGGGGAGACUCGUGCCCAUGUUGUGUGAACAACUCUGCACGAGCACCUAAGGAGGCUUACCUCCUUACCAGCCCGUGGUGGCGCGUACGUGUCUCUACUGAGAUGUACGAAGGGAUUGACAACCUGAAAUCCCUUUACGACCGUGCCGGGAAGACUUUCUCCGGCGGUCCUUCUGCGGCACAGGAUGUGUCGCGUCGUACUGCUCGACCAGACCCAGUACGUCGACCAUUAGUUGGGAGCGGGGCUCCCAAGAAUCCCAGGACGGGGGAUAGCCGCGCCACCGGACGAGAUAACUCGUCCGACGUCCGUUCACGUCGCGGUGGUUCAACAGCUGCUCAACUAGAUAGCGCUGGCCACCGCGAGAGUCCUCUAAUGGAGGUGGAGGAGGAGGAAAGACGCUCUCCACACGAUCAUGUGGAUCGGUGUGUUCCCGAGAGCUUCUUUGAUCGCGUAACGCAAGGGUUACGCGACGAUCUCGAGCAUGAGCGGAAUAGGCGUCUCCAGAUGGUGGACACUGCCUCGAAGCAUCGAGCUGAGUUUGCCUUUGCUCAGCUUGAGAACGAGAGAUCUCUGACAUCUCUUCGUGACGAGCUAAGGGUAGCUCGUGGGAUUGUUGAUCGGUCUCGGGCUGAGAUAACUGCUCUUCAGACCCUUGUUGAUGCCCACCAUCGGGAGCACAAGGCUCUCUGCAAGAUGCUUGAGCGCAAGGGCGUUCUUCAUCGGAAGAAGCAGCGUACUGAUGGUACGGCUUAA